AUGCUAGUUCCCAAGGCCCAGGCAGCAUUGCCAGGACAGAAUAAAACCUCAUUCCUGGACUGCUCAAGUAUUCCGAGAAGGCGGAAGUCCUGUUAUCGCCUGUGCUCCGGCCAUGGGGCCCUGCGGGGAAGAGGGGCCAACCUCACUCGACUCUGCAGCUCAGAGCUGGUCUUCCUCCUGACACUUUAUCAGCUGAGCCUGUGGUCACAGUGCCUUUUGCAGGACUGUAGUCUGGCCUCUGCCCCACCAGGGACGGUGGCCAUGCAGGUGUGCCCCGGCUGCCAAGACAGAGAGCCGCCAAACGCUGCUAUCCAUUGUGCUCCUCUAUUGGCUGUGGCCGGAGCCUUCAUGCCUGCUGUGCUAUACAUCACUGGGCACUUUUCUCGAAAACUCAUAAUCCAGGAACCGAGGGCUAAGAAGCUGAAGUCUGAGAAGCAACAUCUGAUUCCCCCUAAGCCAUCAGAAACAAGUACGAGAACUCUCUGUACUCGAAAGCUGUGGCUUCACCCCCACAACUCUGAGCAAGUUCAAGACCUUUCCCCGCCCCAAAUGAAAAUCUUCAGAGCUCCUCAGGGCUUCCAAGGGUCGGACAGCGCAAGGAGCCGGCUGAGGCGGCGAGCUUGCACCAUAGCCCGGCCCCGGGGCGGCCUCAACCUUGGGGGCGGCGAGGGCCGAGAAGGUGAAGCUCUUCGGCCUCGCGGGGAGGGGACCUCGCUGCCCUCCUCGCCUCAGGCGCUGAGUCACCACCGCCCGGGCUCCGUCGAGCCCGCGUUCCCAGGAAGAGCCGCUGCACGCCUGCGCAUGCGCGGUCCUGGGCGCGUGUCUCGGGAGCGCGCGGCCCCGGAGGAGGCGGGGCAGGGCCGCGGGCACGAGCGGAGGCGCUUGCUCGGGGCGGGAUCCCACAGGCGAGGCUCCGACGGGUCCCGGUGCUGCGGCCGCGCGCCGCACCCCUCAGAGUCGGGGUGA